CAACUAGCCGGUUUGCAUUUUGUGGUUUAUGCUGUGUAGAGGAAGUAGCUUUUAUGAGACCAGAGCCUCACUCCAGAAAGAUUCCAUUAUCGGUGUUGAUAUUCAAACCUACCGAGCUCGAAUAGGGACGAACAAGUUUGCAUUCGGCUCUGAUGUUGUAACUUCAAGCAUAUCAGUCAACUUCAGUCUUUUCUUGAAAAGCACAACGGUUUCUCUCUUCUUGGUUGUUAUGUGCCUUGUGCUGAAGUCAGGCGCCUACGAAUUCAGUCUUAUAGAUGCCGUUGAUGUAGCUAACGAGAAGAAGGCAGAACAGAAUUUGGAGCUGCAAUUGCCAAGUAUAGAUGCAGUCCGAUAUAUACCAGCUUUAUUUGGUCCUUUGUGGAACUGUUUGGUAUUAAAACAGAGAAUUGCAGGGUUUACGGGAGCAGUUCUAUUUAUUGGUUUACUCUUGCUCAGAGGGGGAAUAGAACCAAACCCAGGACCUAUACCAGAAUUCCCUAUGGUUGUCGGACGUACAGACAAGCUAAAACUGACAGUAAAGUGUGGCAAAUUGUAUGAAGUUCAAAAUGCGUGCUUGUUGGUGGAUGAUGCAUUUCAAACGCACAAUCAAGAGGUUAUAAGGGUCCCUUUCCCGGUUUGGGAUGAUUAUAAACCAUAUUCGGCGACAAAGGUCGAAUCAUUUGGAAAUGAUUUGAAGAAUGCCGUUGCUAAAGGUCUCACGCAGUGCGAAGAAAGCCCUUGUUCCAUAGCAGCAUUUUCACCUAUCGUAGCAGGUAACAGUUGUCAAGAAUUGUCAGAGGUUUAUAUUGGAUUUGGAAUCCUAGAAUUUCUCAAAGAGACGAAAGGUACAUUACAAGAGAUUCAAAUUGUCGGCGAGGAUGAGAAGAUUUUAUUUGAUAUGCACCAUUGUUUGUCAUACAUGGUGCAAUCAAAUACACAGCCUCCUUGGUUUGACAUCUCCAUUUUCAUGACAACGGAUGUAGAUGCCAACGUUAAAUUGACUGGUAGAGCAAAGCACAGUUCCUUCGGUGCAGCGGUUCAAGCAACUUUCGAGAAGCUCAGUCUGACUGAAAGACUUCGUAAGAAAAUAACGCUGAACGAAGCACUGGCUGUAGACAUUUCAAGUCCGGAUUCUGAUAGGGGACCAUCAGACAUGCCGUGGACACUUCUCCACGAACUUCUUCACGGCAAUUGGGAAGGCAGAGAUAACGUACCUGACACACAGCAGGACGAUAUGGGUGAUUGGCUUGAAGAGUAUGAUGACUCACAAGCGGUAACUGAAAUGUGUGCCAUGGACAUUUUUAUGGCCACAUUUCAUUCAUGCGAUGGACUUUUGAAACAAGCGCUUUUUAAGAAGAUGUAUCUGUGUAAAAUUGCCAUGCCUUUUUUGUACCAUUCAAUUGAAACAAAUGCGCUUCAAAUUUCCUUAUGGCCUUUACAACAGUUUCCAAUUUCAAAUGAUAAUGAUUUAGAGCAUUGCGCUUUAACCAUGGAAACCAAAUUGAUAACAUUUGUUCGCCUUGGCAGGCCUCAAUUUUCAAAAUCAAUGUUUCUUAAUCGCUUGAUCCAAAAUAGGAAUGACGCAUUCUCAAUAUUUUUCAACAGGGAAUGCAAGUCUGGCCUUUUAAGUCGCGUACUUUUUAAAGGAGUCGUCGAGAUAUUUUGGGACUCACCCGCAAAUAAAAACAGACCGAUAAGAACAUAUUUGAAUGUCAGAGGCGACUUUGCUGAGGAAUUCGAACCCAAAACCACUAUUUGGAAUUGUUUAAUUCAAACAACAGACUUGUUUGUUGUUAUAAUUGACCUAAAUGAAAUGGUGAGCAAUUUUGAGAAUUAUAGCAAACUGCUCAUUGAAAUACCGAAAUGCGUUAUAUUGUUCUCUGAGCACACUAAAGUCGAAAGUGAAACUAAAAAAGAUAUCCAAGACAAAAUGAAAAAGCUAUGUAAUAGUCACAAAGAUAUAUUUAAAGUAAUUUCCACGCAUGAAAAGGAAACAGAAAAGGAAACUGAAAAACUAUUGAAAAACAUCCGCAGUAACAUAGACAAACAUUUCGAAACAUAUCAGGCUGUGCUUCCGUUAGAAGUAAGAAUCAACACUUUUAACGAAAACAAUGGUCACAUUUUGAAGGAGGAAGAAAACGAAGACUUAAUUUUUGGAAAGAAUUUAGCAAAAUGGCUGGUGUCUGAGAUGGCUACUGAAGUAAGUAUGCAAAGGCAUGAACAAACAGAAGAUGAAAACAGUUUUCAAAACUGCAUUAGUAUUUUAACACCAUUCUCUUAUGUUCAUUCUCCAAAAUUGAUGGAAAAUUUGAGACUAAAGAACCGGGCAGAAGAUCGACAUGAAACAGAAAAGUAUAACGACGAAAUUAAUAACACACGGAAAGAAAACCUUUCAAAUAUUUCAAACACUGUCCGAUUUUUUGCAAAAUAUCUGGUAAGUACAAGACAACUAAACAUUAGGCAAAAGUACUUCAUUGGGUGGCUUAGACUUUUUGUUGAACAAAAAUUAUCUAAUUUUUUAUGCAAAAUGGCAAAGAAAAAAAACAAUAUAUUGGAUUUAAUUGCUGAAAGCAAGACAGAUCAUGCAAGGCAAGGAUCGGAUAAGGAAAAUGAAAAACAGCGCUUAAACUUAGAUAACAUUAUAAAGCUUUCAUCCCUAACAGUUGAGCAUCUUUUUCGCGAAAUAAGUCACGUAUAUGAUUCAAUCAUUGAAUUUGAAGAAGACCCUAUGAAUUAUCGUUUGCCAAGUGUAAAUGACUGUGUGGACACAUUUUCAAACUUAAUCAUAGAGGGAGAAACAGUCGAACUGAUGACGGAGUCUUUUUUCAUGCCUCGAAAAUGGUUGCAAUACAUUUUUAAAUCAGUAGACAAAAGGCUGCGUGUGCAUAACAUCAAUACUAUUUCCGUCUCAGGACUGCAAAGUUCUGGAAAGUCUACUGCUUUAAAUACAAUGUUUGGCGUGCAGUUUGCUGUUAGAUCUGGUCGCUGCACCACAGGAAUUCAAGCAAAGUUGCUUCCUGUGAGGCAAUGCAACACAGAAAAUCAAGCGUCAGAUUACGUUAUGAUUUUAGACACAGAAGGUCUUAGAUCACCGUUGUCGUCCGAUGUCUGGAGGCCCAAAUAUUUAGAUAAUGAACUUGCUACAUUUGUUAUUGGGUUAGGAAACCUGUCGUUAAUUAACAUUAUGGGUGAAAAAAUAGCAGAUAUGAAAGACAUCUUGCAAAUUGUUAUACACGCUCUUCUCAAAAUAAAAUCAUCACAAAGUCGCAUCGCACUAGGCCAUAAAUGUUUCUUUAUUCACCACAACGUUACAGUCAGUUUUACUGAUGUUUACAUGAAAGAAGUGUACAGGGAUUUCGACCAAACAUUAGAUGACGUGGCUCGAGAGACUGCCGCAUCUGAAGCGAUUCCAGAUAUAAAAAAUGCUAAAGAUGUUCUUAUGUUUGACGCAGGAAAAGAUAUACACCCUGUCCAUAAUCUUUGGCAAGGUAAUAAAUCUUUGAUGCGAAUUAGUCCUGAUUACAGUAAGCGAAUAAUGGAAAUAAAAAUUAAAGCUAUGAAAUUAUUACCAAAUUAUGGCUUUAAAUCCUUGUCAGAAUUAAAUCAGCUUGCGUCCGAUCUUUGGGAUGGUAUAAAUUCGGAAAGAUUCAUAUUCACCUUUCGAAGUAGCUUAGCAAUAAAAGCUUAUUUUAGAGCUGAAGACAAAUUUAAAAGUUUAAUCAGGAAUAUUGGGUUUCAGGCGAGAGACGAGCAAGUUAAUAAAUGUUUCAAAUAUAUGUCUGACUGUCAAAAUGAAGAAGAACUUAAAAAGAACAAAAACAAUGUAGCUUCAUCCAUGGACGAUUUCAUCUCGGAAAAAAAAGUUGGAAUAAAAAAGGAAUUCGAGGAGUUUUUAGAAAAGGAACGGCAUAUGGACGAUGUAUAUAGCUGGAAAUCAUUUUAUUCACCAAGAUUCGAAAACGAGUUAAAGGAACUGAAAAGACGCAUAGAAAAUGAAACAAAUAAGUAUUUUGAUGAACAGUUGGUGAAAAUGAGAACAUGUGCAGUAAGUUCAUCUAGCAGAAAUAAACUACGGAAAAAAUCUGCUGAGAUAUUUUCAUCCUCAAAAAGUACUAGCGAAAAAAGGGAUGAAUUUGAUAAAAUAUGGAAAGAUUUCGAGGAUAAUAUUAGAAAACAGACUCUUUCGAUCGAAGAUGACAGUUUAUACAUUUGUUUUGUUCAACAGUAUGAAGAGAAGUUUUCGAAAUAUCAAUCCGAUUACACUGAUGCUUACAAGCAACGUCUAAAAUGGGUCUAUGGAGACGAAAGCUAUUAUAAACGUCUGUGCGGUACAGAUGGUAUAACUAAAGACGAUUUUAACCUGUCAGUGAGAAGCCAUUACACUCAGUUCCGUUGGAAUAAAGAUUUUCUUCAUGACAUUGUUCAUCCGGGGCUGAACAGGUUUGUCUGGGAAAUUGAAGGCCAGAUUUCUAGUUACAAAAAUAAAGGAGGGCUACUUUUAUCAAACGAUGUAGUUGAAUUUUCCCAAAGCUUUGAAAAGUGUCAGGUCAAAUUUGUAGAAGACUUAAAAAAGAUGGGAAUACAUGCAAAAACAAGUUUUUCACAGAAACUAUUCGCGGAUGGGUUAAAUUUUGCUUCUAAGGAGUUUACACGGCAUAAUAUUCAGUACGAUUCAAAUAAAGGUGUAACAUACCAACUUAAGAAAUGUGAACGUGAAAUGUAUGCAAUCUUUGAAGAAGAACUUCAGGAUAGAUCGGAUGAAUACGCAGAGUGCGUUUUAUUUUUUCUUGAACUCGGAAAUUGUCUUAAAGAAGUUAUAGAAUCAAAAUUACCAACGUCGUUAUGCAAAAAGUUUUUAAUCAUAAUUCCAACCUCAAAACCAAAGCUCAUUGCUAGCGUAUGUAAAUCGAUUGCUAACACUGAUGAUCUCACGAAGGUUUUUGAAUAUACCAAGGAUCCGAAACAAUUCGCAUUUAAAUGGUUUAAGCGAGAAUGUUCAGUUAAGUUUGACGAAACACUAAACGACGUACUGCAGAAGUAUAUAACAGAUAUUGAAAAGGAUAUUAAAAACGCACUUAAACAAUGCAAAAAACAAUAUAAGCAAAAGAAAGAACUAAAGACUGAUGAAUGGUUAGAACAUUUUGGAAUGGAAUUCAAGCAUAUAGCAAUUGAUACUCAAAACUUCUCCGGAUUUCUGAAUAAAUACAUAUUGAAGAACGUAGUCCAUUUUACUACAGAAGUCUUGGAAGAAAAACAUUUAUCAAAAAUGUUAAAAUUUUUGAAUAAAGAACUUCGAAGCAAUCUUACAAGAACAGUUUUCACUGAAUCUAAUGACUUCCGUAACAUGUUCGAUGACAUUUGGGGUUGUCCUGAAUUGUGUCCGUUUUGCCGCGAACCAUGCAUUAAAAGCAAGGACCAUGCACCUGUAUCAAAACACGAGUGUCUGCAACACAAGCCUCCAAGUUUUAAAGGCAUUCAUAAUAAAUUCAACAACAAUUGUUUUGAAGUUUGUAAUUACGAAGUAUGUUCAAGAACAAGUACGUUCCGUUGUUCCGAUGUUAAUUGGGAAUGUGGCUGCACAAAAAGUAAAUUACCAGAUUUCAUUGCGAUUAUUUGUUCAUUUUUAGGAGUUCAAUCUGGCGAGUUUCAUUUUUACAAGAAAUACAAUGAACCCUUUAAACUAUGGGACAUAAAGCCUUCUAACGAUACUGAAGAGUGCUCAAAAUUCUGGGCGUGGUUUUCUGGUUCUAAAUAUAACAUGAUUUGUGACAAUCUCGUAGGCAAAUGUGAAGCAAUUCCAGAGCGAUGGACGAAAAUAUCACCGGAAAAAGCAUUUGCAAGUUUAAAUGAACCUUUCACGUAAGUCUUGACACGAUCCGACGACUUUCUUUCUACGUGCAUAGUCCAGUGAUGUAAGAAAGGAACAUAAAUAUGCUGAGCAAAUAAGCAGAUGGAAUGAAUAUAUCAAGUAUCAUAUAAUUUACAAGACCACUGGUAAUUACUAUGAAUAGUUAAGUUACAAAGUGGGGCUUACGUUAAUAGAUAAAGGUAGUCGCGUUUUGUUCCGUGAUGUGUGACCUUUUGAAGUAUUGUAUUGUAAAAGAACUAAACAAGGCAACAGUGUAUUUUUUCUUAUUCAUCUUAAAUCAAAAUGCGCUCUUUUAACAAAACAAAAUAAAACAAGUUAUAUUCAACCGAAAGAGAGACCGUGUAAUUUUUAACAUCCAGAGUUAGUGUUAGAAAUAAUCACUUUUCACUGCAAAAUUAACCUUUUUUAUUUAUUGAAAGCGUGUGUUAUGACAAGACUAGAUUUGUAUGAAAAUGUCAAAAUUUGGUUGCAAACUUAAGUUGUAAUGUAGACGAAUUUAACUAUAAUAAUAUAUUCUGUCUAUGUAUUUUGUUAAAUCCGUUACACUGAAGCACAUCGUCUGCCGAGCAGCAUUGAACUUUUAAGCAAGUACUUAUGUGAAAAACUAGACCAUGGACUCGAAUCCUAUUGUAAGUUAUCUUUUUACCUCCGUUACCAUUUUUGUUGUCAUUAAGUUUAAUUUGUAUAUAUACUUUUUAACGUCAAAAUGGUUAUUUUGAGGACUUCAAAACCGUAAUUAAUAAGUAGUAUCAGAAUUGUCGUAAUUUUUAUAUGUCGAGCAAUAAUUUAUUAUCAAUAUGUCAACUCAGUUUAGAAUCUUAAUAUAAAAUUCGGUAACUUACGAUAUGAAAUGUCGUUAUACGCCUAUACAAGUUCGUGAAACAACACUGAAUGCGGUGUUCAAAUAUAUGUAUAGUGGGAUCUUUUUGUUCCAUGUAUAUCGAAAAUGUUGUUGUAUUAAUGUUGUUUUAGUUCAUGAAAAUAUAUUGUACACACUAUAAAAAAGACUUGAGUUGUACAAAACAUAUAGCAUAGACUAAGCAUUGAGGUUAUAUAUGAACGUUAAUAUUAAAACAUCUCUCCUCUAAUUAAGAGGGGUUUUUCAUUGGUUGCUGGUCGCCACUAUUUAUCUCUACAUGUAAAUGACUUUCAGUAGCUACGUCUUUAAAAAGGAGAACACUUUUUGCAUUUUACUGGUUUUCCUUUCAUAGCGCCUUAAUGCCAAACACUCUUUCAAAUGUAUGAGUUAGAUUAAGAAUGCUUUCAAAUUCCAUCACAUUUUCUCAUUUACAUGUAUAAUAGAUUCAUGAACGUUUAUAAUGAUGUUUUGAUUGUAUAUAGUGUGGUGGAUUUCUAUUGUUAUUAAUAUGAAAGUACUUUUAAUAUUUAUAAAUUGUAUAAAGGACCACAGAAAAUAAUUCGUUUGAAGUAACUGCUUUGUAUGGUUAGGUAACAGAGAAGACAGACUUGCAAUCUAAACAUUGAUUACAGUUUGUGUGUGUUUUUAGUGUUGUUUUUUGAAGGGGGUGGGUGGGUUUUGAUCAUAAACAUCACUCGUUGAUGAUUAAGCUUCCUUAAUGUAUAUUAGGCUCACACCUCUUUUUUAUAUAGACAUUUAGGUUAAUACGUACAAAUGUUUUUUUUCUUCUUUUGCUAGAUUGUUUGAGAUGUUUAAUAAUUACACAUGUAAUUAUACGUUUAAUUUUGGUCGUACUGUUAUGUGUGGUUAAGAUUUCGUAAAUAAUACUGAUAUUUAAAUAUGUUGUUAUUAUUGUAAGGGUGUGUAUUUCGCUGAUUGCAUGUUGGGUUCUGAUGCAUUAGACUGUUGUAAGUUUUGAUUGCAAUGCUUUGUAAAAUUGGGAAAAGAAUAUUGAACUAAAUAUAUAAAAUAGGUCUGAACAAUAUUGGUAUAACAAAUUAAUAACAUAAAUAAAUCUGUAAUGGUUGUACAAUUUGCAGCAAUCAAGUUUUGAGAAAAAAUCCCACUAAUUAAGCUGAAAACGUGACAAACACAAUGCCCAGUUAAAUGCCUGUAUAUUUUUUAAAUGUUAAAUUUACCAUGGUCGCACGCAAUCCUUGAUUACAUGUUUGUAUAUGUAUCUUGUUGUUGUUUUUUUCCUUUUUGAAACUAAACAUUUUUAUAAUUGUUGUGCUGCAUACUUAUAUAGAAUAAUUUGUGCUGUGAAUC